AAACUACAGUUAACAUAUCCGUGGUAGGAGACUAAUGAGAGAAAAAAAACUUAGAUAGGUGAUUAAGCGCUCAGUCUGACUUUUUCUGCUGAUGAGUGAAGUGCGUUGCUUGUAUUUUGUCUUCUUACUGAGUGGCUGGAACAAUUUGAGACGCCAAAACGAGAGGCGAUUUCAAAUAACAGUAUUGUUGUAAUUGUAUUCCAAUUGGUCAGAAAAAGGAAAUUAUGUUUCUUUCCAGCAACCGUGUUACAAAUAAAAUUCUACAGUCUCGGGUUGAACUACAUGUGCACCUGGAUGGCUCACUGCGCCAUGAAACAAUAUGGGAACUCUCUAAGGAAAAGGGACUUCAUCUGCCAGGAAAUGGCACAUUUCAAGACCUUCAGGAGGCCAUGGUCAUCAGACGUCCCAAAGAUCUAGGACAUUUUCUUGAACCAUUCCUCAUUUCAACACCGUGCAUAGCCGGUGAUCUGUCUGCAAUUGAACGCAUAGCGUACGAGUUCUGCGAGGAUAAGGCAAAAACCGGUGUCCUGUACGUGGAAGCUCGUUAUAGCCCACACUCGCUUCUGGCUAAAGAUUGUCCUUCUGACAUUGAAGCUUUAAGCGAGGUCGUAAGAGCGGUAAAUCGUGGCCACGCUCGAGGUGAAGCAGCAUUCCACGUGAAAGUUAAAAGUAUUUUGUGCACGCUUGUUGGAACAAAUACAGGCCUAGAAGUAGUACAACUCUGUGAGAACUUUAAGAAUGAAGGAGUACUUGGCAUUGACAUGGCAUCUCCUCCUAAGUCUGUUCCCAAAGAAUUUGUUGAGGUGCCAGACAAGGGAAUAGAAGUUGAUGCAUUCCAAAAGGCAGCCAAGUUGGGAAUCCACCGGACUGUACAUGCCGGAGAAACAGGUUCAGCCGAGAUGGUAAAGCGGGCAAUCGAAAUCUAUGAUGCAGAGAGAAUAGGUCAUGGUUAUCACAUUCUGGAAGAUAAUGCAGUAUACCAAAUGGCUCUUCAGCGAGGCAUCCAUCUUGAAAAUUGCCCAUGGUCCAGUUACCUGACUGGAAGUGUUCCGCUUUCUACUCCGAAACACCCCGUCGUCCAGUUUGCAGAAGACAGAGCCAACUUUUCUAUCAGUACAGAUGAUCCGAUGGUUACAGGACAGCAGCUUCAGGGAGACUAUGAGCUUGUAAAUAACUACUGGGGAUUAACCGAAGCCGACCUACUUAGGGCCAAUCUGAACGCUGCCCGUUCCUGUUUCCUACCACAAGCAGAAAAAAAGGAGCUGCUCUCACAACUCAAGUCCAUUUAUGGAUUGGAUGAAACAGAUGGCAUUUGACGCUGCACCAAAUGUGUUGAAAUAUGAAGCCGACACUCAGUUUUAAGUAAUGCGUCGUAGCCGGAAGGAACCUGAACACUGAUGAAAUCAAGCCACUGAGUAUAUUAUGAGCUACUUUAAAUAAAUACCUUAUAAAGAACAAGACGAAUUAAAUAAAUAUAAUAAAACACAUCUUGAUUACAAAUUAGUACUCUGGAGAAGUAUUCCAUAUAAUCAGUAACAGAUGCUAGAGGAUUAGGAACCAAAUUAAUGACAAAAACAACAUCAAGAGAAUUUCUGCUUUCACGUAUGUGGGGAAAGAGACAAGAAUCGUAACCAAGACCAUCGAUCUCAAAACAGGAUCUGAAACCACCAACACAGGGGGAGUUUAAAAAAAAUCCACACCAAGAAUAUCCGUAUCAAAACUGUUUGAUAUACCAACCACAUGUGGCAAUUGCAAUUAGAAAUAUUUAGGUCAAACAGAAUGCACAUUCAAAGAUAUAAUGAACAUACCAACGCAGAACAGGAUGCAGAUAAUAUGAGAGUAAAUGAAAAAGGUUGUGUAAUGAAAGGGCCUAUUAACUGUAAUCUUAUUCCAAUUUAAACUCACGUGUCUUUUAAUUUUAAUUCAAUCUUAACACUUAGUUGACACACUACAUGAUAUUGGCCAGAAUAUGGUAAUUUAAUACCAAAUCAUGUUACAAAAACAAAUUUAAUUUUAAGAACUAAAUGUGUAGGAGACCUUAAUUACUAUAAAAUACAUUUCAUAAUUUUUUGAAGUCGCGCCAAAGAUGUGGAGCCUUUUGUUGCAAAUUAGUCAUAUUCAUUGCUGGGCCGCAACACAUUUAAAGAUGACAUUAUUUUAGUUUGGCGCCUUCAUCUUCAGAUUCAGGAGAGGGCAUGAGGAAAACAUUUGCGUACAAGAUGUUCUGUAACUUUUUAGCCCCCAUAAAGCGUACUCAACUGGUGGUGCCGUUAUAUUCUACAGCCCUUGCUUUUCAUGAUAUAAAUAAAUACCUUCAAAGAACCCACAUUUGCUGAUGACGCAAGUGUCAUAAUUUCUAGCAAAAAUUUUGAUGAUUUCUCUCACAUAUGAAUAAAUGGUUUACUGCCAACAAGCUCAUCCUGAAUCUCGAUAAAUGAAACUAAUAACAAUUGUAAGAAAUAACUCAUCACAAUAAAGUAGUGGUUAUAAAAGACGAGUCGGUAAAUAUGGAAUUCCUGGAUUUGAAAAUUGAUAACCACCUAAAUUGGACACAUCAUAUUGAUAAACUGACACGCAAGUUAAGCGGAGCAUGUCAGCAACACUGACAAACUCAAAUCACCUUAUUUUGCUUAUUUUCGCUCCAUAACACUUUGAAACUAAUCGUGCUGUACACAAAGAUUAAGAAUCAGCUUCACGUACCAACUUUUCAGAAGAGUGCAUAUUAUGCAGGCAUCAAAGUUUUCAAAAGCGUACUAUCAAGUCUCACGAGUUUUCCAAAUAAAAAGGUACAAUUUAAAGUAUUAAAAAGAUACUUAAUCACACACUCCGUCGACGAAUUUCUAAUGUUAACAAAUAGGAUAUAAUGUCAUUACAAUUUUGUCUUCAUGUAAUAUAAAUGUGUGGUAUAAUUUAUAUACAGAAUGUAAUGGGCGAUUUAUAUGGAACAUAUCACUAAUUAUACGAACCUUCUGUUUACAAUAUUUGAAAUAUUAUAACACUACGAAUUGUACUUGAAAUAUAUACAAUAUAAAUUGCA